AUGGGAGGGGCUGGUCUGCUGCUGCGGAUCUGCGGCUUCCUGCGGGCCCGCGACGUGCGCCGGGUGCUGCCGCGCGUCUGCCGCGCCCUGCGCGACCUGGCCCGCGACGCCGUGCUCUGGAGGCUGCGGCUGCAGCGCCGCGCCCGCCGCCCGCUGCCCGUGCUGCCAGAGGAGGGCUUCGAUUGGGCGGCCGCCUGCGAGGACCUGGAGGAGCACCUGGAGCGCUGGGGGGCCGGGGGGGCCCCCAUGGAGCACUUCUCCCUGGACGAGGGGCACUUCGCCUCCGUGGACUCGGUGCUGCUGCUGCAGGGGGGCUCGCUGUGCGUCUCGGGGGGCCGCGACCGCAACGUGAACCUGUGGGACCUGCGGGAGCUGGGCCGGGGCCCCCCCGGCAAGGUUCUGGUCAAGGCUCUGGGCUCGGGGCGCGGCGGCACGCACAAGGGCUGGGUUUGGUGCUUGGCCUCGCGGGACUCGCGCGUCUGCUCCGGCUCCUGGGACAGCACCGUGAAGCUCUGGGACCUGGCGGCCGAGGGGCAGCAGUUCGGGGAGAUCCGGGAGAAGGCGGCCGUGCUGUGCCUCUCGUACCGCCCCGACGUGCUCGUCACCGGCACCUACGACAAGACCGUGACCGUGUACGACCCGCGAGCCGGGCAGGCGCAGGUGAGCAGCUACAAGCCCCACGCCAGCGCGGUGCUGUCGCUGGCGGCCGACGAGCGGCUGAUCGUGUCGGGCAGCGAGGACCGCACCCUGGUGGUGUUCGACCGCCGCGCCGGCUCCGUGCUGCAGCGGCUGCAGAUCCACGUGCCCACGGACCCGCCCCGCACCAUCUGCUCCUGGACGCACGACGAUGUCCUCAACGGGAUCAGCGUGGACGGGGACGUGGUGGCCGCGGCCUCGGGGGGACUCUCGGUCGAGGUGUGGAGGCUCCGGACCUGACGCCGGCGGGCUCGGGGGGCUCCGGCCGCGCCCCGCGGGGUCCCCCCAGCGCCCCCCACUCAGGGGGGGCCGGGCCCGGACCCGGGACGUGGGGGGGGGCUGGAAGCUGCCGCCUGUUGAUGGCUAUUAAAGGAUUGGACUG